AUGCUUCAAAGCUUGAUUAAAAAUGUCUGGGUCCCCACGCAACCCUACUAUACCCAGCUUUACCAGGAAAUUAGGGUAGGAGUGGGGUUAAUGAUCCUCAUCAUUUAUAAAAUCAGGAACACUGAUGAAAGAAGCAAAGCUUUGAAAGGCUCCAGUCCUGCGCCUACCCAAGGCCAUCACUAA